AGUCGGAUCCAGGAAGUGUUUGUUUCGCUACAUUUGCUGUAUUUUUAUAUUAUUUACUUCUUCGAAAUUAGUAAUUGCUAAACGGCAUAUAUACUAUGGGAUCGCUGUCAUAUAUUACGGUGCAGAGAAGCAGUAAGACAGCUGUGGGAAACGCAUUAAAAACUCAGCUUUGACCUCAAGGAGUUGCUGUGCAUAAACAACAUGUUGGUGACAGCCUACUUUGCUAUAAUCGUCCUGUUGGCCCUCUGUGUUGGGUUGGAAUUUACAGCUCGCAGCCUCACACCACCUCAGUCUGCUCCUACUGCUGUGGCCAACCCAGCUUUCCGGCGGUUCCAGAGAAUAUUCCUUCAAGCGUACCUUUUGGCUUUGUGGGCAGACUGGCUCCAGGGUCCUUACCUCUACAAACUGUAUCGCCACUACAGCUUCCUGGAAUCCCAAAUAGCCAUUUUGUAUGUAUGUGGCCUGGCCUCGUGCGUACUGUUUGCCCCUUUUUCUGGCUGGCUCCAUCAAGUUUUUGGCCGCCGACAGACCUGUCUUCUCUUCUGCGUGUCCUACUCAGCUUGUUGUCUCACCAAGCUUUCCAGAGACUAUUUUGUUUUGAUUGUGGGCCGUGUCCUGGGGGGUCUGUCAACAUCCCUGCUUGCCACCACAUUUGAAGCCUGGUACGUGCACCGACACGUUGAGGUCCACGAUUUUCCCAAGGAGUGGAUUCCCAGCACCUUCGCCAAAGCUGCUACCUGGAACCAUGGCCUAGCUGUGGGAGCUGGACUAGUGGCUAACUUGCUGGCUGAAUGGCUCCAUUUGGGGCCAGUGGCUCCCUUUCUGCUGGCUGUUCCCUUUCUGGCCUGCUGCGGGUGGGUGGUCCUAACAGAAUGGGGAAAGGAGGAGGCUGAAGGAGGCCCCGAAGGGGACAAACAAACUCUUUUACUUGGAACCCCUAAUGGAAGUGUUGCUCGUUUGUCUGCAAAAGAGCGAUUCUCACGCAGCUGCUCUGAGGGACUGCGCUGCCUGCUGUCAGACAGGAGAGUUCUGCUCUUGGGCGGGGUGCAGGCUCUGUUUGAAAGUGUUCUCUACAUUUUUGUUUUCCUGUGGACCCCAGUACUAGACCCUCACGGGCCUCCUUUAGGAAUCGUGUUCUCCUGCCUAAUGGCUGCCAGUAUGGUUGGCUCCUUGCUGUACCGCCUGGCCACCUCCACUCGCUACCGCCUGCAGCCCGGUCACCUGCUCUGUCUCGCUGUACUCAUGGCCUUCUUCUCGUUGUUCAUGCUCACCUUUUCCACCGUGCCGGGACAGCCCAAACCCCAUGAUUCCUUUCUGGCGUUCCUGCUGCUGGAGCUGGCCUGUGGCCUGUACUUCCCUUCAGUCAGCUUUCUGCAGGGCAGAGUAAUCCCAGAGGAGAAGCGAGCCGGUGUGCUGGCCUGGUUCCGGUUGCCUCUGCACCUGCUGGCCUGCUUAGGACUGCUGGCGCUGCACGGGGAGGUGUCGGGGACAGGCGGGGGAGAGGCGGGCGGCGGCACCAGGCACAUGUUCGGAGGCUGUGCUGUCAUGAUGCUGGCAGCUCUGAUGGCUGUCGUUAGUCUGUUCACCCUGGGCAGAAACGACACAGACCUGAGACUGGAGGGAAUAAGGGGGGAGGGGGAGAUGUAGUUAAAAAAAACUCACUCCACACAUMAGUUUACGAUUAACUCAUUGAGUAUUUCAAUUUUGUCGGACUAAACAUUGAAUAUUUUACUUUGGAGAACACUUUAGUCCACGUUUUGCCAAAUGAAGAAACCAACAAAAGUGGCUCAACUUAGUUCAGAUUAGUUCMUAGUUUAUUUAUAAGMGUUUAUAUUCUUGUCUGUGUGAAAGUGCUUUGGGAACAUGGCCACGCCAACCUUCAUUUGUUGAAAACAAACGGAUGAAUAAUAUGCUCCUGAACCAUUCCAUGAAUUCUCCCAGAAAACUUUUCAUUACCUCAUUAUGUCCAUCUGUAUGGAGAUGACAUGAUGUGAAGGAUGGACACGUCAUUCAGCAACAAAGAUGGUUCAUUAAAAACAGCUUGUGUUUGACUUUAACAGAGACUUGGAUAAAUAGCCAAAGAAGUAAAGCCAUGGCUAGCAUGUUGAUCAGAAUUUAAAUGUUUCUUCUUGCAGAAAGUUCACAGUGCUUGUUUUUCCUUGUCUUUUUAUUUGUCUUGUACUGUAUGUAUUUUCUUUUACUUUAAAUACCCUUUCGGUAAUUUUAAAUUUGUUUUUGGGUUCUUUUUUUUGUUUGUUUUUUUCUAA